CUCUGGUGAUUCACUCAUGGUCGCAGGUCGCUACUGAGCGCGGCAUGGCCUCGUUGGAUUCGCUCUUCAGCCUCUUCAUUUGUUUGCUGUGUGAUGCUUGUGCCUUUCGCGACUAGCAUUCGUGCGCUCCACUGCUCGAUUGAGCGUUUCCUGCCUGCGGCGGGAUUGUUGACACGUGUCAUCAGCGGCGAGGCGUGGGGUCCUCUAAAAGCUAUGUCUGGUCCCAAGCCGAACGUGGUCUUCGUUCUGGGGCCGCCGGGUUCGGGCAAAGGGACGCAGUGCCAGAAACUAGUCGAGAGAUUUGGCUACAAGCACCUGUCAGCAGGAGACCUUCUGCGGGAAGAGAAAGGCACCCCGGGUUCCCAGUUCGGCGAGGUCAUUGACCACCACAUUCGCAAUGGCACUAUCGUGCCUGUGGAGAUAACUUGCCGCUUACUGGAUCGGGCGAUGCAGUCGAGUGAGAAGAGUCACUUCCUAAUUGACGGCUUCCCACGCAACAAAGACAACCUGGAUGGCUGGAAACGGGAGAUGUCAGACCGGGUCAACCUGCAGUUUGUGCUUUUUCUCGAGUGCCCAGAGGAGGUCUGUGUGCAGCGAUGCCUCAACAGAGGCAAGGCAGGCAGUGGCCGCACGGACGACAACAUAGAGAGUCUCCGCAAAAGGUUUAAGACGUACACAAAUGACACGCUUCCUAUUGUGGAAUACUACGACAAGCAGAAUUUGGUCAGGCGGACUGACACAAGCUGCAACGACCCCAACGAGGUCUUUGAAGGCGUUGCGAAGCAUUUUGAGCCUUUCGAAUCGACCAAAUGAACGGAAGCAGCUCAUAACUGCACAUGUCCCACUGUCUGCAUAGUUGAGAUUACUACAUGUAUGUGAAAGGAUUACGAGUAUCUUUUAGCCUUUUCUGGACAAAUUUUGUGACAUUCUUGCUAUAAACUGGACUGUGUGGGAGCGCUGCUUCAAUUAAUGGCUUAGCAUGGCAUUUACAGUGUUUUCUGCCUUCCCGAGUCACUCGUUUCUCUCUGUGCGUGCUUAGCAUUUUUGUACCCUGCAUCGCGCACUGGACCAAUCACUAUAUGAAGCAUGCUUGUGAAGACGUUCUUGCAUUGCUGGAGGCAUUUUUUUAGGCUUGUCCGGAGUGUACAAAAACUGUGGACUCUUUUAGAUAAGAUGAAUUGGCGAACGUUGUCUGCUGACAAUGUCUUAUUGGUGGCGCGGUCAGGCUAGAGCAUCAGCAAAUGUCAGGUUACGUGUUCUUUUCGUGUACACGACAGUCUUUGAUGCUUCAGUGUGAAAGAGAUGCCUACAAUGUGUUUGCGGGCAACAAUGUUUGCCAACUUGUUUCCCGGUGUAACAAGGCCUUUAAGGGUCAGAAGAGCAAAAUAUAUGCGUUGGUGCAUCAGGAAAAGCACUAAGUCAUUUGCCUUUCUUUUUAUUGAAGACAAGAACAGCGCAAGACGGGGUGUAUACUUUCUGCGAUACAUUGUUAGUGCAGGAAAGGGCAUUUUCAGCUUUCUGUUAUUAUUAAGGCAGCCCACCAGAACAUAGAACUCUGUAGUUUGGAAAAGUGUAGUAAGGUGUCCUUGUAUGUGGUAGCUUAGGGAGGUUCAGCUUUUUGUACAGGCCUUCGAACUAAAUGGAUAACAAAUGUUGUGCUCUGAAAAGGCAGCAGUAAAAUGCUAGACGACACUAUCAGUGGGGAAGAGAUCGAAGGUGACUUUUAAGAAAUCACAAGGCAAACGGGAAGAUUUGCAACAAACCAGAAGCGAACAGUAGUGGAAACUCAGGGCAUCGACGAGUGGACUUGCCUCUAUUGAUGUAGAACAGCAGGGCUUUCCAAACUUCUCAGUCUUGCCGAUUCCCACCAGGUUUAAAGCUUUGACAGGGAACUGAACAAUUCAGAUGGUUACACGUAGUACAUUACCACAGAUUCGAAGCAGCACGGGCUUCACUGCUGUCAGGCAGUUGGAAGCAAUAGACGCAAUAUGAGAGGCAGCAUGCUGGGUGCCAAUACAUUGAUUUUGAUGUUCUCAGAGAAAUGAGAUAUACCAUCUGUGGAAACCACAAGUUUCGGACAACACAUUUUGGAAAUGUCUUGCGUAGGUUAAGUCCACUCGGCUAAACAACAGUGUUAGGUAUGAGACUGCCCUUGCUCACUUCUGGGUUCUGCCUCAAAAAAGGUGCGUCUUGCAGAAUUCCCCCAUAUUUACUGUUGCCAACAGAUGUGGUCACCUUUCUUUGCUAACCCAUUCAAAUUUAUAGUUUCAUGCUAGUGUUAGGAAUACAAUUUGUUUUUGGAUAAAAGUGAUGGUAAAAGACCGAUAACUUGCAGGGCCAGCUGAAAAAAUAUUAUAACGUGAUCUUUCUCUUUAAUAAAAUAAGCUGCAUGGGUCACUUCAUUUUAGUUUGAUUAGCACUAGAGUAAUCACCUACAUAAUGUGUGCAACUGUGUGAGAUGUCCUAAUCUUAGCUGAAACAGACAAAUAUUUUGCUCAAAUAUUGUAUGAGCACUGUAGAUAAUACAGAAACAUAAGACAUGCUGAGAGCUGUCUCUACCAUCUUAUUUGACUUGCUGCUGGAUGAAUUCAUUCGUGCAUGGCAAAAGCACCUUGAACUGUCUCUGCCACCCGAAAACAUGUGUUCAUUGCUUGAAAGCUACAGUUAUUGAUCAAGAAUGUAUUGCCUUCCUUGGCAGAAGGAUCUGAAUCUCUGUUUUCAUUGAGUCACUCAGUGCCCAUUGUAAUAGCAGACGACACAGCCGAGGCACCACCUGCCAGACUGCUCAAGCGCCAGUACCCACAUUGGGCUCAGUGCAAUGCUUGACCCUGACUGUUGCCUGUAGAGUUUCGUUGCUGCGCGACUGGCCGCUCGAGGCCCUUUGCGGGGAUUCGCAGGCUUCUUUCACACAUGGAAAAACACAUUUAUGUAGCACGUAUUAACCAACAGGAACCUUUAUUGGUAGUUUUUCAUCUCGCUGGAUAAUUUUCUCAUUGACACUUUUCAUCUAAUUAUAAGACUUGAGAAUUUGUUAAUUAAGACUAAUGAUAUAAUUAGCCAGAAUGAAGAAUAUUGUUUGAGUUUCUCCACGCGACAGCAAACAACAUUACCUUUGUUCUGUCCAGCUACAUGGCAUUUGCAUAUUUUUAAACUCUGGCUAAAGUUAGCUGGGACACCCUGUAUAGUAUUGUGCAUUUGCCGAGCCUCAACUUACUGGGACUGUGUGUGAUGCAGCAGAAGCUGAACGUGUUUUAAAAUACUUUGUUGAUUUGAAGAGUAUGGAUUCGUUAGUGAGCAAAGCGUAAGCUAAUGGUCACGGCUUUUAUUGCUGUAGCAAAAAAAAAUAAAUAAAGCUGUUCAUUGAACAAAUCAAGUUCUCAAUGUAUGGUAAUUGCAUUUCCAUCAUGCCAUGGUACAUAAAUAUCAGUGAACGAGAAGAAAGGGGGUUAAUUGAGGGGCCCGAUUUUUAUUAGUCACAUCACAUGACUAGUUGCAAGUAAUACUGCUUGCAACUAGACAGUCCUCAGGGUGUGCAUGGUUGAUGUCAUGUGAAAACGCUAUUUUAUAGUGUAGCUUUUCUACAGCCACAUCUUCUGCACCAAGAUCGAUGCACUGUAUUUUUGUGCACAUAACUUGCAGCCAUAGAGAAAGUUCUGUUUCAGUUGGGUUUGGGUGCAUAACCAGGUGCACCGGUUUUGCGCAGGUGCCGUCUUCAAGCAUGACUUUUUGGCCGCGUGACUUUAAUUGAUGCAAAAGACAGAUUUACCGGUGAAAGGACACACACAGAAAGGAAGACAAGGGGAACAGUCUGUGUCUUAUUAGAGGUAAACAUGAACUUUGGGCAACUAAGCCAAGCAGUCCUUUUGGCAAAGACUUAUGGAUACGCACCUGAGCUGCAAAUCUCAAUUCGUCAACAGAGAGCUGUAAUUCAGGUGGUAAUGACAUGAUAUACGUAAGCAUAUUGUUUAAAGGGCAUUUUUUGUGCAGGCACGAUGUUGGUUUAGUUUUAUAGAAAGAUAGACGUAGACCCAUAUGCACUUCUAGCACAAUUCUUUUCCUUUGAACUGUUUCCUUAAGUACGCAUAGCUGCGAUACUUUACUGGUGUUUAAUGCUCUUGCAGCUUUCUAUAGUAUACAGCCCAAAGCAAGGAGCACGACGCUGCCAUUCAGGCUCACCAUGUCUUGGGACUUUUUAAUUUGUGGUACAAAAGCAGGAGGCAUUGAGUAUAUUACCAGUAUUGCUCUGUUUAUAAUGCAAUUAAUUUUUGUCUGUGCUGUAGGUCAUAUGUAUUGCUUGUACAAUAAACCUCUUGCACUGCGUAGAACUGAU